AUGUCCCAACGAAGCAUAUUCGUUACCGGCGCUACUGGCAAUCAAGGCCAGGGCGUAGUCCGCCAUUGCCUCACUGCCACGUCUUUCGUAGUGUACGCAAUGGUCCGUGACCCCUUCAGCCCGGAAUCGCAGUCGCUCAAGUCCUCAGGGGCCAUUAUCGUGAGGGGAAAUCUAGACGAUGAGACCUCCUUGCUCAGUGCUUUUCAAGAGACGAGACCCACGGCGCUUUUCAUCAACACGCCCCCAGGACCGGGUUCGCAACUACUUAGCCGUGCACGCAACUUGAUCUCAGCUGCACAGGCAACGCCAUCCAUCAAGUCAGUCGUUCACAGCAAGUCCGCGGGCGUCGGACGCCACACAUCAUUCCCCGGCUGGGGCCCGGAGCUGCCGUCAUAUGAUUAUUGGGUGGCCAAGGACGAGAUCGAGAACCUGGUCCGCGGCGCGGGCUUUGAGAAUUGGACCAUCGUGCGCCUGGCCACCUUCCUACAACUUUUCGUGCCGCCGUUGUCAAAUCAUCUGUUUCCAGAACUCUGGAGCGGACCCGGCGGGAAACGAGUUUUGAGGACCGCGUUGAAGCCGAAGACCAAAAUCGACCUCGUCAACGGCAGUGAUGUCGGGGCAGUAGUCGCGAAGGUACUAUCCAGUCCAGAAGCUUAUAGAGAAAGAGUGGUCGACCUUGCGGUUGAAGCCCUUACGGCAAGCGAGCUCGCCGAAAAGAUCAAUAAAAGCAAAAGUGAGCCCGUUGAGGUGGUUUACGAGGAAGAGGAUGAGCUGGCAAAGAAGUUAGGACCCGGAGGUGAAAGACUAGUAGCAGCGCAGAAGAUGUUCAACGUUCUAGGAUGUUACAUCGAUGUCGAAAAGAACCGACAAGAGUUCCGGAUGACAGGCGUCGAAGAAUUCUUCACGAAGGCCCAAGGGUAG